GCCAAUCACGUAAACGUCAACGCGACCACAAAACGGAGCGAGAGUGUUGCCAUGGGACACGAAGGCAACUUUGUACCUGACGCAUGCUCCGGCGGUUUCGAGCGUUCAAAAACGUCACGACCAAUCAGACGCCGUGGUGUGCGCAUGCCCUGUUUGUAGGUUGCCGGUUAGUUGUUGUAGUUACAGCUGAAGGGAAAACGCAAGCUGUAGUAUAGACUGAAUUAAUAUGAGUUAACCAUCUAGUUAACUAAAUCUGACAAGGGCUCGGAGCUUUGUUAAAACAUACUAAACACUUAUUUAACAUAGUUUGGUUCCUUGCAGUACGUGGGACUGCUGGUGUCUGGAGAUGAGCACGGCCAUAGCCUCUCGGAGCUGACACAAAGCAGAUUUCCUCUGGUGGUUACCCAACCCCCAGGCUGGUGGAAAUGCCUGCGGUGAUCCAGGAUAAAGUGGAUCCUGAGAUCUCCUCGGAAGAUGAACACGAGGACCACCCUUGCAUCAUCUGGAGCGGACUCAGCCGGAAGGUUCCAGUGCUGCUGUUCUAUGCGGAGACCAUCGUUUCCAAAGAUGGGAACUUUCGUAGCAUUGGAGAACGAUAUAACCUGGCUUUCAAAAUCGUCCGGACGGAGAGCCGGCUGGUGCGCAGCAUCCUUACCGGUCACGGAUUCCACGAGGUCCAUCCCAACAGCAGCGACUUCAACCUCAUGUGGACCGGCUCGCACCUCAAGCCGCACCUCCUGAGGAGCCUGCAGGACUUCCAGAAGGUCAACCAUUUCCCCAGGUCCUACGAACUGACCCGCAAAGACCGGCUAUACAAGAACAUCCAGCGCAUGCAGCAGCUUCAUGGUUUCAAGCGCUUUCACAUCGUGCCGCACACCUUCCUGCUCCCGGCUGAGUACCAGGACUUCUGCAGCUCGUGUUCGAAGGACAGGGGACCGUGGAUUGUGAAGCCGGUGGCGUCCUCCAGAGGGCGCGGAAUCUACCUGGUUAGCAAUCCAAACCAGGUCCAGCUGGAUGAGAACAUCCUUGUGUCUCGCUACAUCAGCGAGCCCCUGCUGAUUGACGAUUUCAAGUUCGACCUACGCUUGUAUGUUCUGGUGACCUCCUAUGAACCCCUGAUUGUUUACCUCUACGAAGAAGGAUUAGCCAGGUUUGCCACGGUGAAGUACGACCACUCCUCGAAGAACAUCAGGAACCAGUUCAUGCACCUCACCAACUACAGUGUCAACAAGAAGAGCAGCGAUUAUGUCAGCUGCGAUGACCCUGAGGUGGAGGAUUAUGGGAACAAGUGGAGCAUGAGCGCCAUGCUGCGGUAUCUGAAGCAGGAAGGGAAGGACACAACAUCGCUGAUGGUCCAGGUGGAGGACCUGGUGAUCAAGGCUGUCCUCAGCGCCGAGCUGCAGAUCGCCACAGCCUGCAAGUCAUUUGUGCCCCAUAGGACCAACUGUUUUGAACUCUAUGGCUUUGACGUCCUCAUCGAUUCGAACCUGAAACCUUGGCUUCUGGAGGUCAACCUGUCCCCAUCUUUGGCCUGUGAUGCUCCGCUGGACCUGAAGAUCAAAGCCAGCAUGAUUUCUGACAUGUUCUCCCUUGUGGGCUUCGUCUGCCAAGAUCCGCUGCUACGCCAGACCCGAGCUGGACGGGGUCCACCAGACCCAAGCUCACGGUCCCAGGCUCGCAAGGCCCAGCGUCCACACUCAGCACAGCCAGCCACUGCAAACACUAGACUGCGACAGCGACCCAUGUCAGCCAAUGAGGUGGAGCCAAAUGGCCUGAAGGACAAGCCAGGGGCCAAUGAGGUGGACAGCACCCUGGGCCUCACUACGGAGGAGCUGAAGGUGCUGAGGAGAAUGAAGGAGGAGCACGAAAGGAGAGGCGGUUUCAUCCGGAUAUUCCCCACCGCAGAGACCUGGGAGCUCUAUAGCGGUUACCUGGAGUAUAAGACGUCAAUGAACUACAUGCUGGCCAGCAGACUGUUUCCAGAGAGGUCCAGGAAGCUGGCACCGGUCUGGAAGUCCCGGUGGGUGUCCUUCCGCCCACCCCCCCCAAUCUCAUUCCUGGUUUUAAAAUGGUGCUUCGCUAUGGUUGUAAUUGCUGACUGCAUGUUGCCCCGCCCAGGGGCAGCGGGACGGGCAGAGAUGCGGCAGUGGCCGAGGCCGCCCCACGCCGUCCGCACCGCGCAGUAUGAACGGAAACUACUCUCCCUGGAGGUGAGGAAGAGGAGGAGCCGGAGGGCCGCCCAGCACUCGGCCCUUGGGAGAAAGAGAGCAGUCAGAAAAUGCACAGCUUCAACCCUGGAGACCAGCGAUGGUGAGGGGGGUGGCACAGAGGACCGGGAGAUGGAGGGGGAAGAGGCGGAGGAUGGGAGGAGGGGAGCGGCCCGUCCAGGUGACAACAUGCCCACUCCCCCACAGCCCACGUCCAAAAUCAGCCUCUUCCACAUCUUGCAGGAUGGCUGGGAGCUCAGCAAAGUGCAGGCCCGUACCGCCUUCUCCUCCUACCUCCAGCGGGUGCAGGUCAGGCUGCUGACGGAAUGCAGGGGACGGCGCGGCUCGGCCUGGCAGGACAGAGACCAUGACCAAAUGGAGCUGGUGAUGCGCUUCCUGAAGCGUGCCGCCAACAAUCUGCAUCCAGAGUUGCAGAUGUCCCUGCCCAGCCCCGGACUGCCCCCAGCUGACCGCCGCCGCCUCCUGUCCCUGCAGCUGGGCAACUUCAUCCAGCGCUACGACAAGGAGACGGAGCAGAUGCGGACUGCAGAGGAGGAGGAGCGCCGCCUCGAUCCAGAUGUCUUCCGGGAGUUUGCGGCCCAAGCCAGUGAGAGCGAUCUGGAGGAGGUCCUGACGUUCUAUACUCAGAAGAACAGGUCGGCCAGCGUCUUUCUGGGGACACGCUGUGGGAGCAGUGGGGGCCACGCAGACCCCGGAGAAGGGCCCGGCCGGAUCGAUAUGCCUGCCUCCAAGGGGGAGUCUGCAACACAGGGCCCCCCCAGGCCUGCCACCCCCCAGCCCCGCAUCCAGCUCCCCCGGCCCCCCUGCAACAUCUCCAGCCAUUGUGGACUGCGCCCACGUACAGCUGCAGCGCUGCCGGCCCCCCUGCACCCCCCCAGCCCACUUGUGACCCUCAGUCUGAAGUACUGGCGCCAGUCAGCAUGGAUCCCCCAAGGCGGGGGUGGCGGUGCUUUGCCCCCCCCCCAGACGUGCGUCUCGUCUGUGGCCGGCGCUCUGCAGAUCUAUAGCCAGAGGAUGUCCCGGCCCAUCUCCGCACGACCAGGCAGUAUCACCACGGGCCUGUGCAAGAUGGGAGACGCCAGUCCGGCACCUUCAGCAUCCCGGAAAGCCAGCCCAUGUAGUGGCAGGCCUGAUUCUGAAGGGGGCGCCAAGGAGUCAUCUGCAAGCACCACCAAGCACAAUCAGCAGGCCAUCAUGGUGGCCCUGCGGAAGCUGGUGGAGAAGCAGGCCAGCCGGCAGUAUGCUGCCUCCAACCACAUCAGUCUGCUCACCCAGCACCUGACAAACCUCAACCUGGCCAGUGGAGCUUGUCGGAAGGGUGCGAUCAUGCUGAACACGGACCUCCGGGACACGGCCGCGAGCCACCGGCCCCCCCGGGCCCUCCAUUUGAAGACCGGGCCCACAGGAACGACGAGGACUUGGCAUGAGGACGCCAGUCCGCCACCCGGGGAGUCCCGGAGCCUGGAGCCCGAGACCAUGGCGCUGCCCCCAAGACGGCGGCACCAACGUGCCUGGAGCUGCUACCAGCUGCAGUUCGCCAUCCAGCGGCUCCGCCAGCAGGAGGCGCAAUCCCAGCAGCUGCUGGAGCAGAGCCGCGCCCGGCAUCAGGCUGCCCUGUCCUCACAGGCCUCUGCCGCUCCACCCCAGAGGCUCUCUGGGGCCCCGGCCCUCCCACCGAAAGCCCUUCCGUUGUGGCAGAGCCAGACUCCAGCCCCUGGGACCCUCGCUUUCACCCCUAAGCCGCCCAGCUGUGCCCGGGAUGCCCUCCCCAGGAAGACGGCACCACAGCGCCUCCACAGGCAGGCCCCUCCGGAGGUGUGGGCCAGCGGGGCCGGGUCCAGCGCCCAGCACGCCGUCCACGAGGCCGUCUGCAGGACAGCAGGUCUUUCCAUUUGCAGCAAACUGUUCCAGAGCCAACCCCCCAAGAACAGGUGAUGGGGGAGGAGGCCAGGAUCUGUGUCCUUCUCGGAAUCCGAAGUGCAUGCUGGGAGUGGAGACAGCCAUGGAAAUAUCUCAGAACCUCAUUGUACGGGAAGGCAGGUGCCAGGCAGCUCCGCGCUGAACCGGGCCAACAGGAAGGGGCCAUGAAACUGGGCCCCCAUCUGCCAAAGCCACAGGGGCAGACCUCAGCCCUUUCUGGACGACAGCGUGCGCGCCUGCAAAAGCAGUCCACCCGUCUGUCCAUCUCCGCUCUGGGGUUUUAGGGUGUUGUCUGCGCUGCAGAGUGGGGGGGGGGGGGGGGGGGGUUUGAUCUGCUGGUAAUCCUGUCUGACUCUGCUGUGGAAUCUGUCUUGUUCACUUGUUCCAUUGGUGACUUUGGGGUCCCUGCCAGGGAGGAGACUCUCCGUGCGGUGGGAGGGAUGCUCAGGGCCCCUAUCUCCCCCCCCCAUAUUUGUAAGCUCAUUCUCAAAUAUCAGCCUCUAGUCAUGUCGGUGGAGUGUGUUCUAGAAGGUUCUAUCAUUACCACAUGGAGCUCCUCUGCAUUUCCAGAAUAGACUUCAAAUCAUCAGUGAUUAAAGCAUGUUGCCUUUAAGGAGGCCAUUUUUGUGGCUAAAUUUCACGCGGCACCAUCAUAUAGUGCAGCUGGUACUAUAGCUACAUGUUGCUGUCACUGUCAUCUGUGGCUGGGGCUCUGCGUAGUGCAGUCUCAGAAACAGCAUGUCCUCCCUGUGCUUAGUCACUGAACAUCAGGUUUUAAAUGUUUACAUUCCUGUUUUGAGUGCUAUUUUGUUUUUCAAGAUCAGGGGUCUCCAACUCUGGUCCUGGAGGGCUACCGUCCAGUAGGUUCUCCUCUACCUGACUUCUGAUGAGCCACACCUGUUCCUGAUAUUUACCUGAGAGCAGGUGUGGCUUAUCAGAAGCCAGGUAGGAUAGAAAACCUAUUGGAUAGUAGCUCUCCAGGACCGGAGUUGGAGACCCCUGUUGUAGAUUUUAACCAUUUUUAAUUUAUAUGUAUAUUUUUUAUUUUGCGUUUCCUCAAGCGGAGAACAAUCUCGCACAUCACUGAAUAAACAUGUUCAAAGGCGACAACAUCUUCUGCGUUUUAUUUUGCCUUUGAAACGCCCGUCUGCGUCUGUGUGCCAGAGGCUGCGUCGGCUAAGGGCCACUGAAGUCAAAGUCAUUGUUUGUGGAGUAGAAGUUUACACUGGGCUGACUGUCACACACACCGGCUUUUGCGUGACUGCAGUCAGACGAACUAACAUGGCUGGCAGUGGGAUUACAGUUGUCUAGGCAUUGAGCUAAACCUAUGCUGGGAUUACGUUCCCGGAGAAACAUUGCUGUCAGCAGGGAAAAGAAACGUCGGUGUUGUCUUUCCAUCUCUAUCUGGCAAUUUCACUGGAUUCUUUUAUGAUGCAGGUUCAUGUAUGUCCAUUGAUAAUUGGCUUCUGGUUGGUGUUCAGGUUAUUUUGCCCAUUAUUAUAUUGUAACUAAUACCUGUUUGCUGUAG